GAGUGGUUCGGGCGUGGUUCCGCGUGUUUCAAACAUAACCUUCAAUAACCUCUUUUAUUCAACCGCAUGUGCACUACGCACAAGUGUGAAAAAUGGCUAAAUCUCUACGCAGUAAAUGGAAAAGGAAAUGCAGGGCGAUCAAGAGAGAACGUUACGCGGUAAAAGAAUUAGACAGACUGAAGAAAACUCUUGGUAUUGAUGCUAAUUCAUCGAAGGAUGUCGAAAUGGCAGACAUUAGCGAAAUCGCUACUGUUGUCAACGCUGAAAAAGUAAAAGAAGAUGUGAAGGCUAAGCGGGUCAAAGAUGCGGAGCCUCAGACCGAGACAGGUGAAGAACAGAUGGAAGUGGAAGGUGCUAGAGUGUAUAAUAAGAAAACAUUACGGGAUCAAUAUGGCAAUUAUCCUGCGUGGAUGAGCCACAGGAAGAUAAUGAAGCACAAAAAGGGCAGAGCAAAAACGAAAAAAGCAACCAAGAAGCCAGGCAAGAGACUUACUAGACGACAGAAGAAAGCAAAGGAAGAAAAAUAAAAUUCUUUAAUUGUCGAAUCAAUUUUUAUGUUACUUACUAAUUUUUAAAUAUUAUGAAUA